CAGCUUUCGUCGGUGACGGAUGUGAUAUCUGUGUUGACUUGCGUAGUUCGGUGGGUAAACUUCGACUGUGCGUGAUUGUUUGAACUAUCGUGUAGUUAUUGUUGUUUCUUUAUGGAUUGUAAAGAUUAAAUUGUAAUAACAUGGAAGAGAUUACCAAGUACAUCGUAAUCAUAGCAUCGCUAAUGACCGCUAAGCUGACAGUCACGGAGAGUAAAAACGAGACGAAGCCCAAAAUUGAUAGACGACACUACCAAAUGCCAAUCUUCAUCAAUGUCUGCGACAUCGUCGAUAGGCGGUCGAAAGUCCAUUGCUACUGUGACAAUAAUAAGCCUAAACUAGCAACUAGAGCUGACUGUUGGAUUUUCGAUGGAGGAUUAACUGAGGACGAUGCGAUUUGGCCGAGUUUUACAUCGCAAUCCGAAAUAGAACAUCUCAUGUUCAACGUCCGCGUUGACGAUGCGUUAAAAUUCAUCCCAGCUAAAGCUAUAGUGAGACUCGACAGACUCAAACAUCUAACAAUACAAUUCGGAACAAUCAAAACUAUUUAUCCAUACGCUUUCACUAAUUCAUCCACAAUUAGGCAGCUAGUUUUGAAAUCUAACAAGAUCACGAAUUUGGAGAAACAUUCGUUCGCUCAAAUGAUGAUGCUAUCGAACCUGAGCUUGGACGACAACCAAAUAUCUGAACUGAAGAUGGACGUGUUUUUCAACCUACCGAAUCUCCACAUCCUGCAUAUAUCCAAUAACAAUAUAAGUUUAAUCCACGAAGGAUGUUUCAAGCACCUGAACAAUUUGAUCGAACUCAAGUUGGACAAUAACUACAUAUCAGUAAUAAUACGGGAAAUGUUGGCCGGGUUGGAAAAUCUUUCUCGAUUGAACUUGAAAAACAAUAAGUUGGAAAUGAUCGGAAACUUGGCGUUCACAGAGCUGUGGGGCUUGAAAGAACUGAUGCUAGAUAACAAUGCUAUAGAAUUUAUAUCUGAGAGAGCGUUUGGGGGACUCACGCAGUUAAGAAAGUUGACCCUAUCUGGGAAUAAAUUAACGACUUUCUACGAGUACAUUCUCGAAGAUAUUAGAAGUCUUGUCAUGUUAGAUCUGAGGGACAAUCUCCUGACUACGAUAUCUUAUGAGACAAUACGAACCGUCGUGGAAAAUGAUAAGUCGCUUUCAUCUGUAGUAUAUCUAGAUGGUAAUCCACUUAGCUGUAAUUGCCGUCUAUCCUGGAUAUACGUGCUUCGGAACGAGACUCAAGACAAUACAAUGAAACAUGCUCUUGAAAAAAUCUCAUGCGUACCAGAACCUACUAACGAAAGACGAGUAAGUGAACCCACGGAUGAAGAAGUCGACAACAGCAAUGUUCUUGCUGACGAUAAUUACGAAUACUACGACAAAGGCGAAGAUUUCAAUGACAAAGAAAAAAAUACUAAAGUAAGUAAAGCAGUGAAGCUCACAGACAUUCCAUUAGAGGAACUUCCCUGCCCUAAAGAAUUAAUGCAAUCGAUAGAGGAAACUUACGGGCAUCCCGUUCAAAAUGAAAUUAGAUUAAAAGGAGUCUCACAAGUCGGAAGAGAUUUACCCAGUUUUCUUUUCAUUGUAACCUUAAUAGUUGUAUUUUAACUUUUAAAACGUUUAUGCGAAAAAGAAAACAAUGUUUGUGAUAUUAGAAAUAAUGAUUCGCAUAUCUCCCCUUAGUUAAAGACUACGUUAUUUAUUAUUGUAAAAAUUGUAGUUAAUUAAGUGUUAAAUAGGCUAAGCCUUUUUUCUAUUUGUUUAAUUUUAGUUAUUUAAAUAAAUAUAUGGUUUUUUGAAAUACUUAUAAAAGUAAAUCGAAAUUUAUUGUAAAUAAAUAAAAUAAUUAUCAAGUAUACUUGCAAUUGAAAUAAUUAAAUAAUGUAUAUUUUUUCGCUUCCAGAUUAUAAGAAAGAAUGUAUAUUAUUGUGUAAGAUAUUUGAAUACAUUAUAGGAGUAAUUGAAAUUGUACAAAGAUCUUCCUUUACUUUUUCUUGUAAAGUAACUGUUGUUUAUAAUAUCUAUAAGAUGUUUAUAAAUUAAUUAUAAAGUUAAAGGAAAUACUCUAAUUAUUGCCAAAACACCUUACUUUUACUGAUAUAAGAUAUUCGUGUUUCUUUGUGAACUUAAUUUGUAAAUCGUGUAUAUUAGAGUAAGUAAGCAUUCGAUUAUUAUAAAUCAUAAAGUUAAUAUUUUCUUUAUUACAAUAAUUAUGUGUUAUAUAAGUGAAACUUAAUUUAGUAUAAUGUAAUUUAUGAUGUAAUAUCCAAUUUCCAAGUAACAUAGAAGUGGAGUUUAUAUAAAAGUAAAGAUACUGUAUGAAAUAAUAUUCAUUAUAAAUAAUUUUCUCCAAUAUAUUUCGUUAGUUUAGUUUAAAUGAAAGAAGAUUCCAAGCGCUUGUUUACAGUGUUAGUACGAGCGUUUUUUAACGGGCAUUAAAAAAGUGUUCAAAUGUAGUAUGAAGUUAAGUGAAGAUCUAUUUCCACCGCCUAAAGUUGAAAAUGCAACGCAGCCCGAAAAAAAGCGCCGCGUUUUUAAAACGCUGACGCAUUUGUUCCAUUUGAACACUUAUUUAACGUCCGUUAAUAAAAUGCUCGUGCGAAUGGGGGCUUAAGCGUUAACGAUCACCACCAUCUCGACUGCGUAGAAGUCCGCAUUUUUGAUACGACAAAUUAUUGUAAAAGUUAUUGCACACCAAUAUAAUUUUUCCUCUAAAUAACACGCCCAUGACCAAGUUUCGUACUGACCAAGUUUUACAGGCCAUACAACUUGGUAGCCAACGAGUUUAAUAAUAGAUGAAAUGUGAAAACUUUUGUCGCGAACCCCGCGUUUAAGUGAAAAUAUGAAAAUAUGGACCCUUGUUGCUAAUAUUUUAAAGGCUAACAAAAUUGUACGCCCCAUAUAAAAAACCCUGUAACUUUAGCUCUCCGCGGAAUUUUCUCUACGCAUUUUUUCGCUCGUUUUUUUAAUAUAUGCUCUUGUGACAGCCAUUCCAUUAUCGUGGAUUUGUGUUCUCAAUAUAUUUUGUUAAUGAAAAGGAAUAAAACCUCUCCAUUGAAACGGUUUAAACGAUGUCGAAUUACGUUUUACAAUCAAUUUGAUUCCAGGGCUAAUAUUUCAAAAUAACUCUUCUACAUUUAUUUUUUCUUAUUAUAUGUUCAUCAUGCCUAAGAGAUUAUAAAUAUCUACCAGUAAAGUUAGUUUCUAUUCUUUGUUGGUUAAUGUGAAAAACCAUGUCACAAAAAUGUGCGAUCGUAAACGAUCUUCUUUCUUUUCGAUUCUUCGACAUUUAACCAAAAUUUGGAACUGUAGGUAUUUGAAUCAAGCCUUACUUGUAGCUUGUUACGAAGGUCUACAGUAUUUACCUUGGUCAGUUUCUCGCGUGUAUUCUGUUUAUAGAUAAUUAAUAAAGACAUUUGGAUUUAGCAGUUGGCUGUCAACAGGGGGAUCCACUUGGUCCCGUCCUUUUCAACCUCGUGAUAAAUCCAAUUAUUUCGUCGAUAAUGACAUGAAAAACUAAAAGUCGCAAUUUAGCACAAGACUAAAACCCUGCGAUAAGUACAGAUAUCAGCCUGAUAAUCAGCGUUGUAUGUCCAACAUUUGCUUGGUACUUGCACAAUGCUGAGCUGGAACCUUUUUCAUGGACUACUUUUGAUUUUCAAUUGCCUUAGUGGUCGAGGUAUUGGGCUCUACAAUAGUAAUGUGUUAGGUGUGGUACAAUUUUAAAAUAAAAUGAUAUUUAUGAAAUUUGGACUGUGGUGGUAUUGGAUGGUAGCAGGUUUCACGGGAAAGUCCAAGAAUAAAGAAUAUUUCCUCAAAGUCCAAGAAUAAAGAAUAUUUUUUAAAUUAUUUUCCUCAGAGUAUAUAAAUGAAAUAGUAUGAAAAAUUAUAAUAUGAAAAAUCUUGUAUUUGCUUCGUGGCAACCCUUCAAAAAACAGCGUUUUAAAUUGAACUUUAAAGCUCUAAAUCGAAAGGUUGGAAAGCGAAGCUAAGGGUAUGACGACAUGAUUCCUAAUGAUCCCGUAGAAAUUAAAGAAAAAAUACGUUUUAUACUUGGACUAUAGAGGAUCUGGGGCCUUGAAACCUGCUAUUUUCGGAAGCUAUCAGGAUGCAAACUCAGCCUCAAUUUACAAAAUUAAAGAUAUCUGGCUAGCAUAGGCAAGAGCCUAUAAUUCUUCAUGUUAAACGACGGUGUUCAGCGUUGUUCUCGCCUUCAGAAGGGUUAUUAUAGAAAAGGAAAGGAAAUGACAUUAUUAUCGUCCUUUUACAGAACGUGGCAUGUACGAGUAGAUAUAGUUGUGCAGUUAUAUUAAUGUAGUAAAGUUAUUUUAACAAAAAACCGUUAUUUACAUAACUUUGUUGUACCACUUAUUUUAUAAUGACGAAGUAAAGGUCAUUUCGGUGAAAUAACUAACUAAUCAAAACGAAAAUACGUUGAAAAACAAUGUAAGGGACUCAUCAUUUCAAUGGUACACUCCAUCCAUAGUAACCCUGCAGUUUGCAGUUGUUUUUGCAGUAUGAGGUUGCAUUGAAAGACUAAACGCGACUGUACAAAAGUUCGCUCAGUGUUAAACGUCUUAAGCUCAGUGCUGCAUACUUGCAUUCAACGCCGUGGUAGUCCCGCCUAGCUGAGUACGGUCGCGUUCCAAGUGUUUUGCGAACAACUUCAACGCUGUACAGUCGCGUUCAGAGUUAGUUUUACCGUUUUCAGUCGCUGUACAGUCGCGUUUAGCUAUGGUUUUGCCGUGUUUUGACGCUAUGCGGAUACGUUUAACAUUAAAGCGCUUUUUUAUAGCGUUAGCAAGUUAUGACGGUAAUUUUUUAAUCUAAUGAUAGUCUACAUGCUUGCAUUGCAUAUAAACUGUAAUCAAAAUGAUUCAGCGUAAAACGUAACGUACAGUGUAACUGUACAGUACACGAAUAACUGUUGUUGGCUUGUAAUAUGUUACAAUUCAGAAGUUUCUUCAUCAAUUCUCUUUAUUCCUCUCCUAUACACAUUAUUGUUACGUUUGGUUGAUGCAACGAAUUGUACAAAAUGUAUUAAUUUAUUUGUAAAAACAUAGAUUUCUUGUAACAACAUUAUAAUAUCGUCGUGAAUAGUUCUCACUUCAGUUAUAAUAAAUAUUUCUACCCGUG